ACCUGGUUUACCACAUCUCACCAUAGGACCGAUGUCGCCCAGCCUUUUCCUAACAUGCGGGGAAACCGCCACGCAUUCCGUCCUAGUAAGGGGCUUGAAAAUUCAUGUUUUUAUUAUCAGAUCCACGUGUGCUGACUCGAAAUGACUCCAAAUUGGCUGCUGGUCCAAUGCAGUGCACUGAGCCUGAGAGUCAUAGGCAUAUUACAUGGUAGCAAAAUGAUGCCUGACACCCAUACUUUCUGUAAUAAUAUUGUGGCGGCCCGCUGUAGAUCACUUCUCAUGAUGUUAUGGCUGUCUUCACCGACACAUGCCUGUGGCUGCGGCAGCAAAGUGCAACGACGCAAGUACAUUGUGACAGUCGUAGUACGUCUAUUUUGUUUACGGAAUGGUAGGGAUCCUAGGUGGCCGACUCAAAUUAUCCACAAGCUGAGCUCUCCAGUGAAUGGCGCUACCUCUUGCCACACAGCAGUUGGCCACAUUCGUAUGCACAAAUCCUGUACGUACAAUAUAUAUAAGCACCUCGAAACCAUGUCUCUCUCCUGGAACGGCACUAAGCGUCCCAAACGCGACGAAGUCACCAAGUGGCACGACAGUACCAACGUCAUUCUCGACUAUUGUCAGGACUAUCUGGAGUACGGCAGCACCACUGAUCAUGUUCAACGUUCUUCUCUCGGAGACAUGAAUGACGCUCUUUUGGCCGACACUCACUUGAGCUAUGACGAGCGACUGGCCGAGGCGCAAAAAUGCAACUAUCGAGCCCAAUAUCUUAGCACAAAGUUGCAAAUACUAUUUCACCGAGAAAACGGCUCUGAUUAUAAAUCGUGGGCUCGAAGAUAUGCUGUCUUGCAUGAAAAAGGGUAUGGAGCGAGAACAGAUGCAGCUGAUCAAGUGGCUGCAACCGAUCGCUAUCUUGCCACGAUUGAUCCCCGAACCUUUGUAAUCUCCAGGACGUCACAUUUUCGGUGAAAGAACGUCGCGCUCAGCUUGGUCCUUGGCUGCUUGGGCGACAAAUAUUUCGGUGUCUUAUUACUCCCCGCUAUCUGUAUCGGCGGAUAUUUUAAACAUAUGUAUGUUGUAUAUAUGUUCUUUGUUUCCAUACCGUAACAAAGUAUACUACUGUUCCUUUGCGACACGGCAA